GCUUUAGGUUCCCGCAGGCUCAGCAUUCAGUGACCACAGGCUGAUUAUUGUAGUUCUGCGCUGUGUGUGUAGGCAAAGUGAUGGAUGGGCGAGCAGAGAUGGAGGUGAUAAGAAGCACAAAAGGGAAUGGAACCGGGGAGGUCAGUGUCCACUUGGUUGAGAAUACAGUGCAAAAUGCCCACAUACCUGCAACAGCCUUCAUCAUACCAGCAAACACAACCACUGUAAACCUUCCUACAAGCACCUUAGAAAUCCAGCGAUUCCCUCGGGAACCCCAGAAAACCCUGGGGGCAGAGAGACAAAAAGAGGGCACAGGAAGUGAGCCAAUCACUGCAACAGUCAUUCCCCAGAUCAGUGGAGUACAGACCUGCAACACUAUCCGGGUUCUGGAGUGGAAAGAUGGGGUAGCCACACUGCCUGGAAGCAAUCUAAGGUUUCGAAUAAAUGAGUAUGGGACACUAAAAGUGGUCAGUACUGACAAGCUGUCACCUGUGGAGCCCCUCAAGGAGUGCCAUUUGGAAAGAGAUGGGGAUGUUGAGAUGGCCCCCGCCAGCAAGGACAAUCCCACUGUGGCUCAAGACUUGGUUGUUCCAGAGCCACCCAAACUUCCAGGUGUGGACAGCAUGUGUCAUUGCAGUACCUGUGGGCGGAGAAAUGUUUCUGGAUCAGGCCAGGAAGGCAGAGGGUUUUGCAGUGAAAACUGCCACCGACAAUUCAAAGAAAGGUCUGUCAUUGUAGAGAACUCUGCUGGCAGCACCAAUUCUACUGAAAUCCUCAAGCCAGUGAAAAAGCGGAAAAGGAAAGAUUAUCAGAGCCCUUCAGAAGAAGAAGAGGAGGAGUCUGAACAAAUGGAAGUAAAGCAGGAGGAGGCAAAUGGCUCUGGAGGAGAACCCCCUGCUAGCAACACUGGGAACGAAGAAUGGAGCACAAGUCAGCUGAUCUUUCAGCAUCAGUUGGUCGGCCAGCACAAGAACGGUUUCCAGGUGGGGAUGAAGCUCGAGGGGAUUGACCCCCAGCACCCUUCUAUGUACUUCAUUCUCACUGUGGCUGAGGUAUGUGGUUACCGGAUGCGCCUUCAUUUUGAUGGCUACUCUGAAUGUCAUGAUUUCUGGCUGAAUGCCAACUCCCCUAACAUUCAUCCUGCUGGCUGGUUUGAGAAAACAGGUCACAAACUCCAGCCACCAAAAGGAUGUUUAGGUUAUAAGGAAGAAGAAUUCAACUGGGCCAACUAUCUGAGGAUAACCAAAGCUCAGGCAGCUCCCAAGCAACUCUUUGUGACCCCAGACAGUAAUGCGGCCCCAACGGGAUUCCAAGUGGGCAUGAAACUUGAAGCAGUGGAUCGUAUGAAUCCUUCUUUGAUAUGUGUUGCCACGGUGACAGAUGUGGUGGACAAUCGCUUUUUGGUGCACUUUGAUAACUGGGAUGACACGUAUGACUACUGUGGUGACGUUCCCAGAGAAAUAGGUCUGAAACUCCUUUCUGUGGGAAUAUAUGAGGUUGACUCAGAUACCAUACAGCCAGCAACUCUUUCAUUUCCAGACUACCCUGACCCUGAGAACUUCAGCUGGGAAAAAUACUUAGCAGAAACAGGUGCUUCUGCAGUGCCAGCUUGGGCCUUUAAGGUGAGGCAACCCCAUGGCUUCCUGGUCAACAUGAAGUUGGAGGCAGUGGACCGAAGGACUCCCGCCCUGAUCCGAGUGGCCAGUGUUGAAGAUGUCGAAGACUACAGGAUAAAGAUCCAUUUUGAUGGUUGGAGCCAUAUCUAUGAUUUCUGGAUUGAUUCUGAUCACCCAGACAUUCAUCCUGUGGGAUGGUGCUCCAAAACAGGACAUCCGUUGCAGCCUCCUCUCAGGCCAAAGGAACCCGCAUCUUCUGCCAAUGGGAGCUGCCCAACUUUGGCCUGUAAGACCCUUCCCAGCACCAAGGGUUCCAAAUACAGCUUUCACAGGAAGUGCCCAACACCUGGUUGUGAUGGCUCAGGUCAUGUGACAGGCAGGUUCACAGCUCACUACUGCAUCUCAGGGUGCCCCCUGGCCGAGAAGAACCAGGGAAGAGUGAAGACUGAUCUCUCGGAUACCGAGAAUGCAGUUAGAAAGAGGAACCUGAUUGGCUUCUCUCAGAGGAAGAAAUCUCGACAUCAUGGAAGGGGGCGACCUCCCAAAUACCGGAAAAUCCAGCAGGAAGACUUUCAAACCAUUUCUUCAGACAGUAUGCACCAAUCCCUUUUCAUGUCGGCCUUAUCAGCGCACCCAGACCGUUCCCUGUCUCUUUGCUGGGAACAGCACUGUAAGCUCCUGCCAGGAGUGGCUGGGAUCACAGCAUCCACGGUGGCCAAAUGGACCAUUGAUGAGGGAAACACGGUAUUUUGGGGGGCCCUUAUUUACAUUGAUGAUAUCUUGCUGUACUUCCUCGAUGAAGAGUCACAUGUGAAAUUGAUGAUCGACGGAGAGGCAUUCCUUUUGCUGACUCAGGCUGACAUUGUGAAGAUCAUGAGUGUUAAGCUUGGACCAGCACUGAAAAUCUAUAAUGCCAUCCUCAUGUUCAAAAAUGCUGAUGACACCUUAAAGUGA